CAUAUGUAAAGUGCAUACAUGUAUAGAUACAUCAUCCUGGAUUUUUCUUUCUUUCUUUUUACCCUGUAGCUUACUUGCCAAUCUUGCACAGUAUACCUGUAGGAAAAACUUAGGAUGUCAUUAGACUGGUAUUAUUUCCCCAAGUCAUGUCAUCAGAGGCCAAGGGCUAAGGGAUAAGGUCAGAUGGAAGAGCUGACCCAGACUCCAAAUAAGGAAAUCGUUUGGCAAUCUCAUUUCCAGAGUUCUGCGCUGGGGAGUCCAGGAAGAGGUGUCACCGCUUCGGGGAAAGUUCGAUAUUGCGAUGUGUGCUGAUUGCUUGUUCUUUGAUGAGGGAAGAGAGAGUCUCUUGUACAGCCUGCUUGCUGUACUGCGUCCAGGUGGAACAGCACUUGUUGUUGCUCCAGCACGCAGUGGAACCUUCCAAAUGUUUGCCUCCAUGUGUAGACCACACUUCAGAGUCGUUGUGGUUGAAAAGUACGAUGGCGUCGUGGAUGAUCAUGUCCGAAAGUGUGCACAAGACCCACACUACAACGAUAACCUCCACUUUCCACUGCUGAUGAUAUUGAAGAAGCUGGGAAACAAUUGAGCUGUGCAGCUAUUUGCAAGAUGUCUCUUGGCAUACUCCUGUAUAAGACAUCUGCUUGGUUGCAACCAGAUUGUCACUCAGUUUG